AUGGCCAGGGCUAGGAGCUCACGGUGCUCCCCCUUGGAUGAUGGGCCCCAACUCACAUGGUCGCCCACAGAGGUCAAGCUAGUGGCCCAGGGAGGCCGCCCGGUCCUAGUCAACUCCGCAGACCAGCAGGAGUUGGGCUACUCGCCCACCAGGCUUUUGUCUUGCCACCAGACUCCGCAGGGAGAAUUCCCCCCACCCCCGACCCUCUGGAUGCCUCGGCUCCUGCCCCCCGGGCCCACCCCACCCUGGAUUCGGCCCAGGCCCUCAGCACGCUCAGCUCGGCGUUCGGCCUUCAAGGAGGAGGAGGAGGAGAGAAGCUCCCAGACGGAGUGGGACAGGACCAGUGAUGAUGGAGUUGAUGAUCCUACCCACUUCCUUAACUACUACCGGCGUCGCAGCAGCCUGGCACCCCCCACCUGGAGUCGCUCUGCCCACCUGGACCCCCGCUGGGACCCUUUAAAGUGGAAGAGGUUGCAGGAUCUCGCCCAGAGUAUGAGCUCCCCCGUGGAAGACCAGCAGUACUAUGCAGCUCAGGCCCUGGGCUGCCUGGGAGUCAGCGAAACGUUUGUCCUGGACGCGCUCUGGACUGCGGCCCAGAAGGGGAGUGGAAAAGUGCGGUAUGAAUCCUGCAGAUCCCUGGCUAUACUGGGGUGUCUACACCGGAGGGUGAUCCUGGAACUGGUCAACCACCUGGAGGACCCGAGGCGGGAGGAGAGACUGGACACCCUAAGAGGCCUGAGCCUGGCUCUCAACAUCUGGGUCAAGGGCUCCAUCAAUAAGCGGGAGCCAGUGGGGGCCAAGGCCAGGCUGAGCCAGGCCCUGGAGCAGCUGAUGGGCGGCCAGGACCCCGGGGAUGACGUGGCCCUGGAGGCGGCCGUCUGCCUGGCCUUCCUGGACCCCCAAAACACUCCAGCCAAGCGCUUCCUGGUGCAAUGCCUUACCGUCGGGGACAAGAAGAGGAGGAUGAAGGCACUAUUGCUGUUGAUCAGGCAGUUCCAGAUGGGCACAGCAGCCGUCAUCCACGCCGCCAUGUACCAGCUCCGCCAUGCUUGGCGCGUCCAGCACCGCAUCGAGGCCGCCGGCCUGUUGCAGUCCAUCGGGUUGCUGCAGAUCCAGGCGCACGGCCUGGAGGAGGCGGUCUUCAAACUGCUCUUGGAGAAAGUGUACGACGAGCCCUUUCUGGAGGUGAGGCAGGCCGUGGUGGAGGCCGUGGAGAGUUUCCAGAUGAAGUCACGGAUGUUGGACAUUGUGGAGUUGCAGGUGGAGGACACUGACACCAAGACCCGCCGGCAGGCUGUCCUCUCUUUAGGAGUGCUGGGCAUCCGAACGCCCCGUCUGUUCCACUAUCUGCUGGACAUGCUGGACCUGGAGAAGAGCGAACAAGUGCGUGUGGAGCUCGACCGCAUGUUCGCGGCCCUGGCCAUGCGUGACCCCUGGGUCCUGGAGAAGCUGAAGAGCCGCCUGCCCCCGGUGAAGAAACCUCUGGAAACAUCGGGGGCCUCCCUCAGAAGGAAGACUCAGGGGAGCCUGCCCAAGAUGGAGCCGCCCGGCUCGCCCAUCCCUCAGCUCUCGCCUCAGUCCGAGGAGUCUCAGCAGGCCUCGCCCGAGUUGCUGGAUUCGUACGAGUUCGUGGCCCUGAGGCAGUCGGCUUCUGUGAGGGAUUUGUGUACCCAAACCCUGGCCGGCUCCCUCGGGGGUCAAGGGUUGGCACGGUACCAUCCCUUGGGUAUCUCGGACCCCUGGAUCAAGGCUCAGCAGGCCUCCUGCCCCCGCAGGUCCAGCCGGUCUGCUUCCAAGCUGCCCAGACUCUGCCUCCCCUUGCUUCCUCAGAGACGAGGAGCCUCGGGACAGUAAACCACAGUGGGACUCCAACUUCCAGGGCCUUCAGGGGGAGAAGCCCCCCUGGGGGAGACUGGCCGGACACGAACCGCACCCCACCCAUCGUCCAC